AUGUUUCCCAGCAACGCCCCGUCGCUCCUGGGCGCGCCUGCGCCCUGUGUGCUCCGCGCCUGCGCGCGAGGGCAGGGUCAAAGGGCGCGGCGGCAGCGCCUGCGCCGAGCGGCGCGGUGCGGCAAGAUGGCGGACAAAGAGAAGAAGAAAAAAGAGAGCAUCUUGGACUUAUCUAAGUACAUCGACAAGACGAUCCGGGUGAAGUUUCAGGGAGGCCGCGAAGCCAGCGGCAUCCUGAAAGGGUUCGACCCACUCCUCAAUCUCGUACUUGAUGGUACCGUCGAAUACAUGAGAGACCCCGACGACCAGUACAAGCUCACAGAGGACACCCGGCAGCUGGGCCUGGUGGUGUGCAGAGGCACGUCUGUGGUGCUCAUCUGCCCGCAGGACGGCAUGGAAGCCAUCCCCAACCCCUUCAUCCAGCAGCAGGACGCCUAGCGGGCUCGGAGGGCCCGGGACACAGCCUCCCGAGGACUCGAGGACUCGGAGCUGCCCCUCCCGCAUCACGUGCCACCGCAGGAAUGGGGUUUCCUUCUUGUAUAGGUUUUGUUUUUGUUUUCUUAAUAAAAUUGCAAACCUCAA